AUGAACGCCGAGACCGCCAAUGAUGGCCACUUGAAGAAGGAUUCCAGCAGCGACUCGUCACCCCACGAGAGCUUAGGAUCUGACGACGAGAUACAAUGGCAUUACUUCACAUUCGAAACCGAGUUACCACGACCAUGGUACCAAACGCAAUCCGCUUCUCUGGACAGCGAACGACAGCAACCGCCACCGAGCCCGGACUUGAAACAGUACACCAACCCUUUCCAAUGGCCCUCGAGCAGGAAGAGCUUCAUGACCUGGAUGGGAUGUCUCUCCACCAUGAUCACGGCUUACACCGCUGGUGCGUACGCUGCGGGUAAUGAGCAGUACAUGGAGGAGUGGAACAUCUCUCAGCCAGUAGCAGGAGUCGGCAUUGCAAUCUUCACGGCGGGUUUCGCUAUAGCACCAAUGUUCCUUGCACCCUUCUCUGAGAUCAAUGGGCGGAGACCGGUCUUCGUUAUCACAGGAUUCUUCUUCGUUGUCUUCCAGCUUGUGUGCGCUCUCACGCCUACAUUCGCUGGGAUGCUCGUUGCACGUUUCCUCACCGGCGUCGCUUGUAGCACGUUCAGCACCAUGGUCGGCGGCGUUAUAUCAGACUAUUACCAUGCAGAGGACCGGAACUGGGCUAUGGCAUUAUUUUCUGGUGGCGCCAUCUCUGGCACCGGCCUUGGGCCAUUGGUCUCCGGCUUCAUCGGCGAAUACACGACUUGGCGCUGGAUAUUCCGACUUCAAGUCAUCACUUGCGGUCUUCUUUGGAUCUUCGUCGCUAUCUUCUUUAGAGAAUCCCGAGGCUCCGUCCUACUAUCUCGAAAAGCAAAGGCCUUGAACAAAUGGUACGACGAGCUCGAAGCAGCCGGCUACUACGGCGUCUCCAUGCCCGGCUCCAGCAGCGAGUCCGUCGUAUCAACCGAAAAACACGACAACCGCUCACCCCAGCGCAUCAGAUGGAAAGUGCGCAGCGACGAAGAACGAGCCUCUCUGUUCAAAAUGAUCAGCGUCUCCCUGUACCGCCCAUUCCACCUCCUCCUCACAGAACCUGUGGUCCUCUUCUUCAGCCUCUGGAUCUCUUUCGCCUGGGCCGUCCUCUACCUCCUCUUCGGCGCUGUGCCCUUGAUCUUCUCUACUCGCUAUGGCUUCAACGUCGCCCAGUCAGGCGCAGUCUUCGCCACCGUCUGCAUUGCUGCUAUCAUCAGCACGGUUAUCAGUAUCUACCAGGAACCACUGGCCCGGAAAUACGUAACGAACGAGAAAUGGAGGGAAUUCCUGGGCACACCUGAAGGUCGGUUGCUGUUCUGCUGCGUGCAGUCUUCGCUGCUGCCGAUUGGAUGUUUCUGGUUCGGAUGGACUUGCUUCAGCGACAUCCACUGGAUAGUGCCGGUUAUUGGGAUUGGAGUCGCGACGAUGGGCAUUUUCAGCAUAUAUCUGGCGGUGUUUAAUUAUCUCGCUGAUUGCUACCACAAAUAUGCCAGCUCCGCCCUCGCAUCCCAAAGCUUCUGCCGCAAUAUGGUCGGCGGCUCUUUCCCCAUCUACACCACCUUCAUGUUUCGCGGCCUCACAUACGGAGGCGCGGCGAGCUUCUUGGGCGGCUUUGCUGCUCUUCUCACUAUCGUGCCUUGGAUACUAGUGUUCUAUGGUCCGAAGAUCAGGGCACAGAGCAAGAUUGCGAGAGAGUUGCUGGUGAAGGAUUCAGAUUAA